UGUCGCAUUUGGGGCUCAGGGUUACACCUCACCACAUCUUUCUCGCACUCAAUUUAGGGCUUGAGGCGAAACAGCGCCACAUCUUUCUCCCUCCCUCCGUUUCAUGCUUUACAUUUGUUCCCCUGAAUAUUCUCCAGGUUUCUCUUAUCACAUGGAUAUAAAUCUCUCUGACUUCAUAGGACUUGCAUUGAAUCGGAGCUUCCGUCUCAUCGACACCUCUUCAUUCAUCUGUAACUAUUUUCCUCUCUCAAUUGAUUUGCGCUUUGGUAGAGCUCUGGUUCGUUUAUAACAGGCAGGAUCUCGGCAUGGGGAGAAGUAAGUGCGCUGUUAAAGAUCGCAGCACUCGCAAGGGGUCAAAACUGUUUGAUAGUGAUGACGACUCUUUAAGUACUUCGUCAAGUACUUUGUCAGAUAGAACAUUAGUCCAUGAGAAUGAUGAUAUACAUGAUGAAGAGUUUCAGUUAGAGGAUUAUGUGGAUGCGCUAUAUGAAAAGAGGCCAUCGACUCGAGAGAAGGGUCUGAAAGGACUUGUUGAUGCUUUCUCAAGCGAUUUUGAGGUUGUUUUUGCAGAAAAUAAACAUGUUACUUUAGUGCAUCUGUUCAUCAACUCAAUUAAGCGAGGAUCUUCUUCUGAGGCUGCCUUGGCUUCUCAUGCCCUAGGUUUACUAGCAAUUACUAUCGGAGCUGGCUAUAGGGCACAUAAAAUCUUGGAGGAGGCAAUGCCCCACCUUUCUCAAGCACUGAAAGGUGGAUGUGAAUCUGGGAAGAGAUCAGCGGUGCUAGAUUGCCUUGCUAUUCUUACGUUCGUUGGUGGAAAUGAUGAGGACACUGAAAAAUCUAUGGAACUUAUGUGGCAUUUGAUUCACCCAAAAUCGGCUCCUCAAGCUGUAUCAUCCAAUAAGCUUCCACCAAAUUUAGUGGCAUUCGCUAUAUCAGCAUGGGCAUUUCUUUUGACAACAAUUCCUAGUUGGAAGGCUGAUUCCAAAUUCUUGCUUGUGUCAGCCUCUGUUAUGUCAUCUUUGUUGGAUAAAGACGAUCGUUCUGUUAGAAUUGCUGCUGGUGAAGCACUUGCUCUUAUUGAUGAACUUCAAAGGCUAAUCCCUGAUGAAAAUGAAUCCCCAGAAAAAGCACAAUAUGAAAAUCUAUUGUACGGUAAAAUCCUGAACCAAGUGGAGGACCUUUCCAUUGAGGCUGGGGGAAAAGGUUCUUCGAAGAAAGAUCUGAACAACCAACGCAGCUCAUUUCGCGAUAUUUUGGCAUCGCUUGAGACUGGUGAUGGCCCAGAAGCAUUGGUGAAACUUAAACAUGGGGAUGUGUUGAAAUUUAUUACAUGGACCCAACUGAUACAAUUGAACUUUUUGAAGCAUUUUCUCGGGAAGGGAUUUCUGACACAUAUGCAGGAGAAUGACCUGCUUCAAGAGAUUUUUGAUUUCACUCCUAGAAGAGAUAAGCAGCAAUCACUAACAGUGAGGGAAAAGAGAAUGUUCAGGUCACCGAACUCUGCAAUCAGUAAAGCAAGGACUCAACUCUUGAAGAAAAAGCGCUCCAUGGCUCAGGAUCAGAACACUGGGCACUUUGCAGCUACUGCCCAAGAUGAUUCCUGAUAAUAUGCCUUUUUGUAGUACUUUUACUUUCUAUUAUCAUUCAAUAUGCGUCCACAUCAAGAUUUGAACUUUGAUGUACUGCAUGAAUACGAUAUUCAAUCAUUCUUUCUUUUGUUUUUUUCAAUCACUGGUAAUAAGAUCUGUUAUUGAAGGCAUGCAUGUUGCAUUAAGAUUUUCUAUUACUGGCUAUGAAGUAUAUAAUAAGGCUUAGUCUUCGAGUA